AGAGAGAAAAUACCAGUCGCCACCACCAUGACCACCGCUGCCACUGCCGCCGCCACCAGGGAACAACAACUACAGCCUCUAAACGACAACGAUAUUGUGCGGUUAGCUCAGUAUCACCAUUGCCAAUCUGGCUUAUCCCUCCCUCCCUAUCUUCUCUCUCCCAAUUCUCAUUCCACUCUCAUUUCCUAUCUUCGUUCUCGUUCAUCUUCUCCCUCUCCCUCUCUUGCUGUAUCCGAAUACACAGUAUCUCUUCUCUCCCUCAUCUCUCUGUCUCCAACCACUCCUUCAGUCUCUUCGCUCCUUUCAUCUCUCCUCCUCUCCUACGCUAGCCUUUUUUCUUCUCAGAAUAUCCCGCACGAUUCCAAUUCGUUGAGAACCAUACAUCUUUUCAAUACUCUCUUAAGCUACGUACCAGUCAACGAUCUCCAGUCAAUUGUCGAUGCAAUUGUUUCGGGUUUUUCCAGUAUUGUCCACGUUGAUGAUGCUCAGAUGUUCGAUCUAUUGCCUAGGUGUUUUUAUUUGAUACUUAGCGCGGAGGAGGUUGAGGGAGGUCGAGAUUAUGUGAAUUCGGUUGUUGAUAGUAUUCUUGAUUGCGAAUGGCCAAAAGGGUUGUUAGUCAAAAUGGUUUCCAUUGCAAGGGAAAUCACGUUUUUAGACAAGGGCAAAGGAAAGGAGUUUUUGCAGAAGGUCUUUGUGGGCAUGAAGAGUGUAGAUUUGCAGGAUUUACCUUCGCUUAUGUAUCAGUUGUUGGUUUUGGCAUCAAAAGGUUUUAACAAGAGGGAGGUGAUUGAAGGUAUUGUUGGCUUUUUCGGCUCUAAAUUUGGGACUAAAGCGAAUUCCAUAAUGAGGCAAAUUGAGGGAACUGUGUUGCUUCACAUGAAUUUUGCGGUGAAGCAGGAUCCUUCUUUGGGGCAAGAGGUUAUAAAGCUGGUGAAAUUGGAUAUCAGAGCUUUUAAUCAUUUUACUGUUGCUAUUUUAUUGUCUGUUGCAAGGGUAAGAAGGUUUAGUGAGAGUUCGUUGGGAAUUCUGAAAACAGCAUUGCUUACAGCUUAUUCUGAUUGCAAGUCUGCCAAAGACUGCAAAUGGCUGCCUGAUAAUAUAAAGGAAGAAUAUUUGGAGCGUGUCAAAGAAGUGGAAAUGUCUGUAUUAAGAGCUGUAAAUGAUAGCAAUUAUGGAAGGGAGCAUAUUAUACCUAGCAUUGUUCAGUUGGGUUUUGCACUGUUGGAGUCUGUUGAAGAUGGAAAAUUCAAAGAGGUCUGUAGUUCUGAUGGCAUACUGGGCAUUGAGGAGCUUAGCAUCCAGAUACUAAAAGCUCUAUUUGAGGUCCAUGAUAUGUCAAGAAGUGAGAUUAUUGAGCAUUGUAAGUUUCGCAUCCUUUCUUUGAAGAGAGACAAGUGCAUGCCAAUAAUCAGACUGCUCGGAUGUCUGGUUCAGGCUCAUCCUCAUCCAUUAUUGGAGCAUGUAUCCCGUUUGAAGGAGCUGUUGGAUUACUUCGUUUUCAUGGAUGGAAAAGUUGCUACUUGCCUUGUUGCUGCUCUUUUGCCUCUCAUCAAAUUCAGUCGUGAUCUCCAGGAUUAUACUGUAUUGGUUGUGCGCAAGGCAAUGUUUAGACAAGAAGAAACAGUUCGGCUUGCUGCAACAAAUGCUAUAAUUGAUCUAAUAUUGGCAGAAAAGCAGUCUAAAAAAGGCAGCUGGAUUGCUUUCCAAGACUCAUCAAGCCAAGCGAGUUGCAGCCAGCAAUCUGAGACGAGGGGCAUUAUCAGAGAAGGUCUCUUUCAAGAACUGAAUGGUUUGCUACAAAGGUGUCUUUAUCAGCAGGCAAAAGUUAAGGAGGUCAUUUAUCAUGGACUUGUAAAUCUUGUCUUGCUGGAUCCAUCAAGUGGAGGAACCGUGUUUGAUUUUCUCUUGCCUCACUUCCUUCAAUAUUUCCGGGAGGAUGCAGAUGUUCAACUUCUAGUAAGAGAUUGCAUUAGAUCAGAAAAUGACAAAGUUCUUAUUGGAGAACCUUUAGACCGUCUUAUAUCAUGUCUUUCUUGGAUUUUACUUCUUCAGCAACAUGGCAAAAAACUGGAUCAUUCUCAUUCCUCAUGGCCAUGUUUUGGUUUCUCUCUUUCGCAAGAGAAUGAGGACGGAAGAAAUAUAUCCAGUGAAUUAUUCUACAGUGCCUUUUUGAAGAUCCGGAAGUUUCUUGGAAACAGAAAGUUGGAUGACAUUAUUGGGCAGGCUCAAGAUGAGGGCUCUCAAUCUUUUGAAGGAAAAAGGAAAUACUGUGCAUGGAUUUUGUCAGGAAUUGUUGAAGUGGUGUUGAAUAGUAUCAUCACUGACUUGGAGAAAGCAACAGAUGUAAAGAGAGUGGAUCUUGAGAAGGAGCUUAUUGAGUUUGUUGAUCUUCAUGACUCAUUGAGUAAAUUAAGACAGAGUAACAUCAGGAAAAGGAUGAAUCUACAUAAUAUGCCUCGUGAUGUGCUUAACAAUCCUGAUUCAGGCAACACUAAAUUCAAUGAAGGGUGUCGCACUUCCUUCUUGGCAACUUCAAACAUCUAUCAGCUAUUGCUUACUGCUUUGAAACUUUGUGGUAAUGAAUGCUUAAAUUAUACUAUGGCUUCUCAGAACAAUGGUACAUUGUCUCCAGGCAAAACGUCAGAAUCUUCUUUUAAGAUUUUGGCAUUCGUCUUGAAUGCUUCCAUUUGCCAUGUGAAAUCUUCCUGCGAUGUGAGCAAGGAGGAUCCAUUGAAGAUGUUAAUUUAUGGUGAGAUUAAAAUGCUGGGGCCACCAUUGCUGAAAUUAAUUCUUGUGCUGAAACCGGGAGUGGAAUCCACUAAGGAUCCCAAAAGAAAGGAUAGUAAAGGAAAGAAAUACUUUGAAGAAAAAAUGGAAUAUCUCCAUCUGGCCCUAAUAUGCUUGAAGGAGUUGAUAAUAGUUUGUUCACAGAGGUGCAACUUGACUAGUUUGCUUGAAGAUUUGUCGUCAGUAUCCACACUUGAGCAUGCCAAUGAGGAUAGUGAAUGUGAGGAACCCUCCAUUGAUGACCAAAAUGAAAGAAGCAAAGAACUGUUCAUUGCGAGAAUUUUGAAGCCACUGUUCUUGGAGCUUCUUGCGUGGCCAAUUUCUCGCAAUAUAGAGGUUCUUACUGAUAUUUUGCUGAUAAUUGCCAAUGAUCUGCCCAACAAAUGGAACAGCCAUGGAGCUUGGGCUACUCAUAUCUCUGCUCAAGAUUCUGGAUCAGAUGGUGAAGUUGGAGGCCUUCUUCCUAGUACCAAGAGGCUGAAGAGGCGUAGGAUUGUGCAGGAGUCUGAUGAAGAAGAAUAG